GUUUACAUUGAGCUGCGCCUUGGCCGUCCCAGCCUGGCUGUUGUAACUUGUGUACAACCUUCCCCCAGGACACCAUACCCCUCAUGAAGCACUACAAACACCUCCAUUGACAAGAGUCAUCAUGGGCGACAACAGUCAUUCAUGCCGGGGUUUUGAGACUCCAACUCUAGGAAAUGAUCUCUGGCCCAUGGGGUUUGAUGUUGACCUUGCCUUGGAUGGACCAGGGGCUCGAAAAGGCCCUGGAAGCAGUUUGGGCUCCAGUGGACUAGGAAAUGGGGGAUUAAGUUCCCUCCAGUCUACAGUAAAUUCCUCUGUUAGUGGAGGUUACAAUGAUAUUCAUCAUCUUUCUGGUUUGUCCUCUAUUUUGCAAAGAUUUGAUGAUUUACAUCCUGGGGAUAUAUGCCAGAUGACAGACCUUACUAAUUCUUUGCCAAAAGGAGAUAGCGAAACUGCUCAGAGUCUUUUAGCCAAGUUAGCAUGCCAAGAUUUAGGACCUGAUUUAUCAUCUGGAACAGACCCAAGCCACAAAGAAUUGGAAACAUCCUUAUUUGAUCAUGCUACAAGCGGUAUGGCUCAUGGUGCAGGGAACAGCACUCAAGGUGUUGUGUUGUCCCACAAAACUCCUUUAGAAUCAGCUGAUGUAUAUGGAAGGAUGACCUGCUACAGUGGAAAACUUGUGCUUCAACUUCGCCACAUAAAUUUUAACACCAACUACACUUUAAAUGUAAAUGAAUGUUGGCUCUGUGGGGAGAAGGUAAAUGCAGGAUCGCAGUUAUGUACCCACAAACAUUCUUUAAAUGGGUUGUUUCAAGUGAAUGAUGAGUAUGUACAGAUGGACAUAGACCAUUACAUAAUUCCUGAACAAGUGCUUGAUCCUCCAGAUGCCCACGACAUGACAGAUAGCGUACUUCAACAUUCUGAAUCGGGUUUACACCACGACCUCAAUACUGCACGAGAUCUCGAGUUGUCAGAAAACCUAACGGGAGGCGGAGAUGGACUGAGCAUGGGUGCAGAUGGUCCUCCUUUACAUUACUCAACAGGUCCAGACCCAGGAUUGGUACCUCCUUUAAGUUCUGCUUCUAAUCUCCUGAGUCAAACUAUCCCUACUAACCAAAAUUCUUGUUUAAACUCCUCAUUUGUUCAUCUGCCUCUCCCAGGAAUGCCUAUAACAGGCAGUCAUGGUGGCAUAAACUCAAACCUGCCUAGUAUGGCAGUUGCAGGAAAUGUUACGGAAGGUUCACUGCCAGUGUGCUCGGUAAGCACUCCAGUGUUUGGUUUAGCUCCUGCAGACCCUUUAUCCACAAGUGCAAUAUUAGUGUCGACUCAGAGCGAAAGAAAAAUAUCAAUGCAAAAUAGUCAAGUUUCUGUGGGUAACGGUUACUCCAUGGGAAAUGGAUUCAAUAAUUUUAAUAUAAAUAAUCAAAUGAGUAAUGGAUCACUUCAUAGUCAACUCGGCCAUCGUGAUCUUAUGAGUCGAAACAAGCAGCCAAUACAGUAUCACCUGCCUUUCCCAAAUGGAGGAGAAUAUUCAUGCCAUGACUCAGGCAAUGUAGAUACAAUACCAGAGAAGCAGAGCGAGGUACCUUGUUUAACACCGUUGCAUUCGGUUUCCACUAGCUUUGAUUCACGGCUACAGAGAACAGACUUGGCUCCUAGAAGAGCUGAAAUUGGUGCAAAGAAAAGAAAAAGCAGAGCUCAGAGGAAGCCAAGUGUCAUUCAGAUGCGGGAAUACAAAGCCGAUAUCCCAGAAAAUAGUCAUGAAAUUUUUUUUAAAGCCGAACCUCUUGACAAUUUGCCUGUGAAAAAUUUUAAUGCAGAGUCUGUAGAAAGUAUGCAUGUGAAAAAUGAGUGUGUGGAAAACAGGCAAACAUCAAGACCAGAUGCCAGUAUUGAAGACUGGAUUAAGCACAAUCUGCCUGAGGGGGAUCUAAUAGUGACUGAUAAUAAGAUGAAAUCCAGUGACAACCAUUAUAAACCAUCAACUUUAGAUUUGAAGCAUAAUAGUCAGAAUUUGUCGUGUGAAGCUACUGGAAAAUCCACUAAGCACUAUAUAGCUGAAAAGCCUCGUGAGCCAGACCAAACGUCUCGGUUGGUAGCCCACAUGUUAAACAAAGGACUAGAUCUCUCAUGCCGUUUGUGCCCAAAGGACUUUGGAAAAGACAUAAAAAAUUACAAAAUACAUAUGAAAGAACAUGGAUUAGAUGAAAUGGCACUCUUUGCAUGCUCUUUUUGUACAAAAACAUUUUCAAAAGUUAAACACUACACUCAGCACCUAAAAACACAUGCUAGAACACAGCGCUUCUCUUGUCUGUUAUGUAAUGCGAGUUACAGCCGAGAGGCUAAGCUUCGUCGGCAUAUGUUAUGCCACUGUCCGCAGAACCAGGAAAAGGAGCACAAAUGUACAAAGUGCCCAAAGUCAUUCAGUACAAAGGAAUACCUUCAAGCUCACUUAAGAGUUCAUGGUGGGAAAAAAUAUAAAUGUGAAACAUGUGGAUUUUUCUGUUCCUCACCGUUCAAUUUAGAUACACACAGGAAGAAACAUUUGGAUGAUAGACCAUAUAGAUGUGAGUUGUGUGAGAGAACAUUUGUUAGGCGAGAUUUCUUGGACCAACAUAUGGAACAAAUACAUAAAAAUAGUAAAAGUAAAUGUGAAGUGUGUGGUAAACUCUUCUCUAGGAAAGAUGUGCUAAAGAGACAUCUUGCUGUCCACAACAAUGAAACCUAUGAUUGUGAAGUGUGCUCAAAGAAAUUUUCUCGGAAAGACAGACUAGCUUCUCAUAAAAAGGUGCACAAGUUAAACUGUGAUUACAAAUGUUCUCUUUGCCCUGCCUCUUUUACUAGAAAAAACAUUCUAGAUAAACAUGAAAAAGUACAUAAAACUAAAGAACAGUGUAAAGUUUGUUACAAAUUUCUCCUUUCCAAACAAAGAUUGGAAAAUCACAUGAAACUGCACGAAAGAAAUAAUUCAGGUAAUGGUUCCAAACACGAUGGUGAAGGUAUGCUUAAGUGUAAUAUAUGUGAUAAGUCCCUUACAAGCAAAGAUAUCCUGAGAAAGCACUUGAGAAAAAUACAUGGAAAGCUGCCCGAGGGAAAAAAGAAAGUGGAAGCUAUGGAGAGGGAGAAAAGAUUUGUCUGCCAUGUGUGUUCCAAGGGGUUCACUCGAAGUUGCAGUCUUAGUACUCAUCUCUUGAAAGCUCACAGUAAGGACUUGGAAGAAGAUGAAUUUGACGAUGAUCUUCCUUCAGUGCUUCAGUCUCAAAAGCUAGCAGGUGGAAGCACAGGCAUUGCUAGCAGCAACCCUUCCUCCUCCUCCUCCUCCUCCUCUUGUGUGUCUACUUUAACUACAACUUACCAAAGUUUUUCAACAUCAGCAUCAUUGCAUAAUACAGUAAUGUCAUCCGGACUUUCUGAGUUAAGCCCAAGUGCUGGGAACCCUAGCAAUAUUUCAUUCCCAGUUAGUAUGCCUGCAUCAUCACCCUCUCCUUCUCACCCGCCGCCACUACCCUUGUCUUCCUCUCACUUUCCUUCCUCUGGGCCCCCAGACUCUCCCAUUAACCUAUCUACGGAUGCCAUCACCGCAGCAGCGUACCUCUUGGCAUACCCAACUUACCCUUAUUAGUAAAUUAAUCAUAUCGAUCAUGUUUUAGGUCUCCUUUUUAUUUGAACAUAUAUUGUUUGUGAUGACUACCAAAGAAUAGCUGAACAAGACCUGGUGAAUCUUUCAGCUAAUCUGUAAAGCUGAGUUUUGUAUUAUUAUAAGUGGUUUUAUAUAAUACAUAAUUUUAAGUAUUUUUUUUAAUUAAAUAAAAGCUUAUUUUUUCAGUAUUGAAAAUGCUUCCAUUGUCUAAAUUAAUGGAUAUUUGUGAUGUUGUAAAUUAAAGUCAGUCUUUUAUAUUACUUUAUAUGAUAAGGACUAAUAAAAUGUAUAUUGCACUUACUAUGCAUAGUAAACUGCAUAAACUAGCCAAACUUAUAAUCUAAAUAUGGUUUACGUUGGGCUUAACCAGCAGUCAACGUUAUUGUUUUCCUGUUGAGAUAAUUUGUUUAUGUAUUAAUAUUACAAUGCAUUCAUCAAUUUAUGUCUAAUAAUAUUGAGGGCCCAACAAAGAGCUUCAAAUACUGCCUACUCCCUCUCUGGGAAAAUGCUGGCUGUAAUGGAAGCUUUUACUUACACUGCAAAAUACGGGUGACAUCAGGCACGCAUUGUAAAAUGUCCAGCAGACCAGGUGAGCGUUUUACAAUUUUUGUAUCAGAACUCAUCGAGAUUAGGGUCAACAAAAUAGAGUACUGUUUACUAGAAUUCCCUAAGAAUAUUUAUCAUACAAGGGUAAAUAUUAAUAAAGUAAAUAAAAAUAAUAUUUAACAAUUGUUUUAAAUUACAGUACAGUACUGUAUAAUAAUUUAAUGUGACUUAUCUUCUAUAUAUGUAUACACACCACACUUGGAUCACACUCAGUGUGAUCUGAAGGUGGCGUAAGUGUGUGAACACUAUACCGUAGGCCAGAGUGUGGUCGGCUCGACUGUAAAUCCCUGGCUGGGCAAUUAGGUGAUUACAUUUAGGUAAUUACACACAUUCAUACAUACAUAUACGUACAUACAUAUACAUACAUACAUACAUAAUAUACAUACAUGUAUACAUAAUAUACAUACAUGUAUACAUAAUAUACAUACAUGCUGUAUAUGUACAUACAGGGGUACCACCUUUGGUGCAAGUGUGUACAGAGGUGGAGAGCAUGCCCAUGUUACAGCAAGUAUUUCCCAUCUGGACUGAGACACUGAAGCACUGGAACAAGAAACUGGCUGCUCUUGGGUCUCUGGUUUGCCUUAUGAGAUCCUCACAAACCCUCCUUCAGAAACUGAAGUGCACAUUUACCCCAGACAAUUAGUGUCUCUGAGCCUAUUGGUAUGAACCUGUAACAAUGUCCUGAGCCCCUAUACUUACUAGUUU